AUGGCUCAGGAUGCGACGAAUUCGGACGAUGCCGGGGGGAUCGAGGUAGCAGACAAUGCGUCUGUGCCGGUGGUGGUGGAGAAAACGGGAGAGGGGGUGAAGUUUGAAGAGCAUCAGCUUCCCAUCGACAUCGCGUACAACAAAUUCGCAGACUGGCUGGUGGAUAGGAAGCGGGUACCAGCCAAUUGGAGGCAACGAGUAGCAGCCAUUCAGCAGCGAAUCACGAAACUGGUUACCACAUUACCACGUCACCAUGAUCCCUGGCUGCAGUCGCUCUCCGUGGAUGACGUGGGGUACGUAGAGGCGAAACGAGUGAGGGACAUUCUUGCUGCUGCUCGCCCCAGCGAGAGAACAAUUUUCGGCGGCCUUGCUGGGCCUGCGGGCGAGUGGGACGCAGUUGUGCGAACAUACGAGCGUGACUCUGUCUUUCUGGGCGAAGCAGCUCAAAUCCUCGUGCACAACACCAAUUACGACAUCCCCUACUGGCAGAAGCACAGGGUGCGGGCGCAGCAGCAGCUGGAGGAGAGCAACAGGAAGGAGCUAGACUGCCGCAGACUGGCUGCUGCUGCUGCCAAGGGGUUUCAGCAGGCGUGCUCUGACCUGGGAAUCAAGGGUCAAGACGUGCGAAACGAACUUAAAGGGCUAGUCUCGCAGCUUCCAGGAAUUUUCCAGGGGGUGGUAACAAUUCUUUCAGGGGAGCCUGUAGGUCAAGCAGUGGACUACUAUCGAGCUGCCGUUGCCUUUGCCCAUGGGGGGAAGAAUGCGGGUUCCCCGCUCCUCCCCACGCUCUUGGAGCUUCGGGCAAACCCUGAGCGGCAGGACCGGGCCGAACCUCCUGUGGAGGACGAGUGGGGUGGUGGUGUCGGUGGGGGUGCCGAUGGGGGUGGUGAUGGUGGUGGUGGUGGUGAUGCUGCAGGGGGGAUUGUGUGGGAUCUGGAUCUGCACAUGUUCCUCGUCACGCGGAUAGCUGAGAUGAACCGACACCAGGGAUCUGUGCUGCAGGCACAACUGAUGGCCACAGCGCCUCCCAUCAUCCAGAACCACGGCACCGCGUCCCUUGCGUCCCUUGAUUCCCACAUCUGCACGGCCAUUGGUCGACUCACCAGCCGUCGCACGCGGGACCUACUCCUCAUCCUCUCCUCCCCUCGCUUCUUGGAUCGGCUGGAGCAAUCAUUGCUGCAGAAGAAGACAAAUGAGGCGAGGCUGCUGGAUAGCAUAGGCGAGCUGGAGAGGCGGCGGAGAGAGAUCCGGGCGGCGCUGGCUGAUGCGUGGCCUAAACUGGAGGCUGUGGUGCAAAGAACACGAGCCUACAAGACAGCAGCAGAGGCGGCGCUCUCUGCAAUGUAUUCAAACCGCCCCGUUCACAUCAUUGGGGAGAUUAAUAACGUGCUGCAGGCCACUGCCCCUGCUGGGGGUGGGUAG